CCUUGUUUAACAAUUUUAUGAACACGUAAAAUAUCCCGUGUGUGUAAAUUUAAUUAUUUUGCCAGUUUAUGUGUUAAUUUUACCCCUACAUUUAAAAAUAUAUUAGCGGUUAGUGUCACCGUGAAAUAUUACUCGCGGAGGAGACGACGCACACGGAAGCGCAAUGGCCACUAAACAAGUACCGAAAGGAGAGGAGCAGAAGAAGGUGCCAGUAACUGCUCCUGUUCUUAAAACAGAGAAGGAACUAAUAACAGUAGAUAAAGAUCAUAAAAAGGACGAUAAGGCUGCUUCGAAGGGGGGCAAUGUGCAGAAAGAUCCCAAGAAAACUGGAAAGGAUGUGAAAAAAGCAGACUCCAAUCAAAGAAGUGACCCAAAUUUCCGAAGAAAGCACUCAAUGUGCGCCCCUCUGGUUGCUCGGCAAACAUCGACCAGAUGCUCUGCAGCAUAUCUUGAGUUAUCAUGCAAACUGCUUCAGUUAUCGAAAUUUUCAGCUCCUCCUGGAUUGCAGGUAGCAGUGGUACGUAAACUGUGCUCUUCACGUACCCCCAAAGAAAGAAGUCAAAAACAGUUUUUCCACAUUACAAAAGAUGAUGAAGAAACGUACAGAGCAACUGGAGAAAUUGCCCCACAAGUGGUUGACCAAGCUGUACGCAAGGCCUUGGUUCUUGAUGUGGCACUCACUGGCACCAGACCCACCUGCAAGGAAUUCUUGAAAGGAAUAUGUAAUAUGCAGAAUUGCCGCUUUCGACAUCUGAGUCAACGUGAAUAUGAAGAUGAAGUCUUUCAUGCUUUACAAGAUGAAUUGGAGAUGGUUUUGGGGCCUCCAGAGAGACGGCAAUCACCUCCCUCCCGAACAGUCUUCAGUUCCCUGAGCAGUUACCUUGACCCACCCAAGUAUAGCACACCACCAGUAGGUGAUUACCGUGAUGAUUUACUGAUGUCUGAUGACUUGCGCACCACUCUUUUGUCUCGUUCUGAUUAUGAACCAGGAGCCAAGAGGCCCAGGUAUUUUGAUGAACCAUUAUUCUCAGCAAGAGACGAUUAUGGGGAUAACCCAAGGAGGUGGGAUGACAGAAUGGAUUAUGACAGAGAUAGACUUGACCGAGGCAUACUUGAUCGUGACAGACUUGACAGAGACAGACUUGAUUUAAAUUUAACUGAAACAGAGAGGAUGAUGCAAGAAUUGUAUAAUCUGAGAAAUGAUAAUUUAGAUCUCAGGAGGAAUUUAGAACAAAAGAUUGGUGACCUUAGAGAGGAACUCAACACUGUCAUGCAAGAAAAUGUAGGCCUUAGACAUGAGAAUACAAAACUCCGAGCUGCUGCUAAUGAAGAUGCCUUAACACACAAAGCAGCCAUAGAAAAGCUUACUCUGGCAAAUAGUAAUUUAUCUCAAGAAAGUAGAAAGACUCAAGAAGCUGUUCGUCGACUGGAGCAUGAGAACAAUGAGAUAAGGAAAGCUUUGGAUGUUAAACAAAAAACUAAUAAUGCUCAGUUGGAGAAGAAAUUAGAUGCCUUAGAAAAGGAAAAUAUCCAAGUUCGAGAUUCACUGAAUAAAGUUAAUGCUACCUUGAAAAAGACUCAAGAAGACAAAGGAAAACUGGAAACAGAGCUGGAAGAAUUGAAGAUAAAGUCACGUAACCAACCAGCUACAGCGAGGAAAGAUGGACACCAAAAUAGCAAUCCUGGCUAUAAUCAAAGAAAUGACUACUCCAGAGACUCGGUGGCCAAAGGUCGACCACAGACAGGACCUACAGAUACCUUUCAUGAUGACAGGAGAGAACAGGAUGUGCGAGGAAGUGGAAAUGCUCGGGGUUCAGAUAGGUAUGGCUCAGAUAAAUGGGUAUCAGAAACUAAGGUCCAAUACAACCAGGGUUAUUCUACAAGGGGAUCGGACACUCGGGGAGCAGAUGCACAAGGACCAAAUGUAUGGUCCGAUGCAGACCGCUCUCGUAAUUGGCCAGCUGGAGGUCCAGCACAAACUUGGGGAACGUCUCUCAAAAACCAAACCCCCUCUGCUCCACUAUCAGAUAGUGGCCCUUCCAGAUCUCAGGGUCUUCUAGGAGAAUAUAAGCCCGUUGACGACCGUAUGAGAUCUCAGACUUCUUCCCUUCAACGUGGAACUGCUUAUCCACCAACUCUAGUACCCCCUCCAUUAUCAAACAUGCCAGACUAUAGUGAUCAGUCUCUCUCACAGGGACCUUCACGAGGUUUUAAAGAUCCACUUGCAACAGGGGGCCAGUAUUCAGCUCAGGGCACUUCCCAAUAUUCAACUCAAAACACUCCCCAGUAUUCUACUCAGAACACUUCACGCUUUGAAGGACGAGAUUAUGGCCUGUCAGGAUACGACAGUGAAAAUAGGAACCAGUACGGGAGUGCAUCGCGACCUCUGUCUACCAGUUCACAUUGGCAGGUUGGAGGGGGAGCUGAUAAUGGAGAGACUGGAAGAGGAAUGGGACAGACAUGGAACCGUAGAGGGAAGCCAAUGUCCAAUUACUAAUCAGAAAAUCACCGAGUGCUGAAUUUACCUUGUAAAUAUUCACUUAGGAUUAAAUUCUUAACCAAAUUUCAAGUUAAAUAUUGACGUAUACCAAGAGUCACAAAAAAUGAUUUGGUAUAUUACAUUGAAGUUUUAUUGUACUGUACAUGCAAGAUUGGUGCAUGAUUGAAAAAGCUUUGACUAGCUAAUUUUAUGCUAAAAACUUACCACUGACCAAGCAUCUUUGUUGUAAAUGUUGUACUGAUGCUAAUUUGAACUCUGUGGACACAGCCUACAUCAGCCUAUCUGUCAGCACAAACUUUGUUUAAUGAAAUGCCCUACCCCCUUUCACUUCCCCAUGCUUUUUAAUUAAAACAAAUUAUGUAAUUUAUGACAGCUAGUUUUGCACUUUGUUCAAUUAAUAGGUUUAUUUUUACUUUUUUACUUUUUCAUAUGAAGCGCUCCCUGCAUAUAAUUGGUGCUAAUUUUAAAAAACUGAAUCAUCAUUGGCUAAUGGAGUUGCGUUCAAAUCCUGUGCUCCCAUUAGCUCAAAGAGCUGAGCUAAAUGCCUACUUGAUGUCUCGUAGAAUUUUCUGCUCCAAAGAUGCGUGAGCUAUUUAGGUCAAGAAUGUCAUUAUUUUUAAUGCAAAUUUACUUUAAAUAUUGGCACCACUAGACAAGGAGGAACAAACGAAACAACUAAAAAGAAUACAUUUUCGAAAUGAAUGUGUUACCAGUUCAGGUGGUGCUUGCUUAGUUAAUGCAGGGAGCACCUCGUAUUGUCAACAGUUAACUUGAUUGUCAUUUUAUUAAUUGCAGCUGGCAGAAUAUAAAAUGCCUUGCACAUAGAUAAUAAAUUUACAUUUUCUGUGGUCUGUUGUGCACUGAUGUAGCACAUUAAUCUAGUUUAAAGUAUAUGCCCUAGAGAGCUUGCUAUUAUAAUUUUAAUUUGAAAUAUUCAUGCAGUCCCUUUCUUUUAUAUAGAGGUAAGGGCAACAUAAAGGUGUAGCAAUCCAUGAAAUGUUAAUUUUUUAUUCAUUUAGAAGUAUAAUAAUAAAUCAAGUAUGUUACUGUGCAGUUAAAUAAAAUUAGCACUUUCAGUUGAUUUAACAAAAAUGAUUUAAGUGUUUUUUUUUUUUUGGUUUUGUAGUUUUAAUUAAGUAGAAAAUUAUAGUUUAGAAGCGCUACAGCUUUAGUUCAUCUCGUAUUCACAUUUUCAGUAUACAUGUAUUUUCCUCCACUUGCCUAGAACUUGAAAGAAAUCUAAAAAUAAUUUCAUAUGUAUCAAUACUCUAAUUUUGUAUAGCUGGAAGAUUAAAAGUCAUUGGCUUCAUAAAGUGAAUUGAGAAUUAAAUGUGACAAUUAUGUUUAGAAAAAAAAAAAAAGCUUCAAAAUACAUUUGGUUAAAACCAUAAUGUUGCUGUUUAGUGUUUAGAUAAUAGUAUUUGUCAACAGAUUAUGAGAUGAGGAUAUUUACAAGUAUUUAAAGGUUGUAAAUUAUAAGGAGUAAUGAGUUCCAUUACUAGACUGUACAAGUAAGUAUAAGGUGGACUGAUCACAAGGUGUGAGUUUACAAUUGCUUUAGUAGCCAAAGAUGGCGUAGUGUUUGUUAGACUGUUGAAGCUUCCUAGGCCAUUAGCUGAGCUGUAUUUGCAGCCAUAUGUCAAGUGUUUCUUUAAGUGUAUUGGAAUAAAUGUGUUUAGAUUAUAAGUA